AUGCCUUCAGAGGAGAAACUGAGCCUUACAAAGGAGCUCAUUGCUGCAUGUGAGAGCAUUGAAUGGCAGGUAGAUGAGCUGGACAAGGCGAUUGCUGUUGCAUCUAAGGAUCCUGCACUAUAUGGUAUUGAUGAGGUGGAGCUUGAUAAAAGAAGGAAAUGGACUACCAACGCCCGUAAUCAGGUGAAAAAUGUGAAACAAUCAGUCGUUAGUGGGCAGGAGUUGCAUGGCACGAGCACCUCUAAUUUCAAUGGAAUGCGUCAUGAACUUAUGAGGCUACCUAAUGCUCAUCAACCUGACCAAUCAUAUCACUACCGCGCAAAAGACAAUGAUGAUUUUAUUUCAUCGGAAUCUGAUCGGCAGUUACUUCUGAUAAGGCAACAGGAUGAAGAACUGGAUGAAUUGAGUGCUAGUGUGCAAAGAAUUGGAGGUGUUGGGCUUACAAUACACGAGGAACUCCUUGCUCAGGAGAAAAUCAUAGAUGAUCUGGGCAUGGAGAUGGAUAGCACAUCAAAUCGUCUUGAUUUUGUUCAGAAAAAGGUUGCUAUGGUUAUGAAGAAGGCCAGUGCCAAAGGCCAAUUUAUGAUGAUCUUGUUCUUACUCGUUUUGUUUAUUAUUCUAUUUGUGCUUGUUUUCCUCACAUAA